AUGAGCGGGUUCAAGGGCCUCGUCAAGGACGGGUGGCAUCCCAAGGGGAACGACGGAGGCAAGGAAAGCUGGAGAGGGGACUUUAAGGGCAUCAACCAGGUCGCUGGAUGGGUGGGCAAGGGGAAGAGUACGGGUGGAGGCACCGCGCCGCCGCGAGUUAGCAGGCCCGUAUCCAGCUUGAAGGACCCGGCGACCUUUGGACGACCGCCGCAGCGGACGGCGGCUCGACAAAACCAGCAGCAGCAGCAGCAGCAGAAUGCUAGGGAGCCUCCCCCGGUACCCUAUCGAGCAGACACCACGGCGAACACGGGGAACACGACGAACACACUCCUACCACCCCCUCGACGGAGUGACGACGGCCUCAAGCCGAAACCAUCACUCCCUCCCAGAUUGCCACCACGACGGGAAUCGACUGAACAGGCUCACCCAGACUGUCCUCCCCCGGCAUACGAAGCUGCAGCUACAACCGCGGUAAGCAGGCUAGGUAGCGCUGGAGUCUCGGUUCCUGCUUUUGGCAUCAAUCGAACAACACAUGUGUCUCCUGAAACGUCACAGGCAGUCGCCUCUGUAGCGCAGAGUGAACUCCAGCAACGAUUCAGCCAGAUGAACCGCUCCGUUUCUACACCGGAAAUUCACAGCCAGCCGUUACAGCAAGGCCAACAUCAGCCGCCUCCUCCUCCUCCUGCUCCUCCACAACGAACUUCAGAUACAAACGCCUUCCGGGAACGACAUAACGAACAUAUACAAGCAGGAAUGAACAAGCUAAGCGGCAUAAACCAGAAAUACGGCAUCUCGAAAAAGAUCAACAGUUUCAUCGAAGAUCAAAAGUCCCCUGCCUAUCCCCCUGGACAUCAGCAGCAACAGCAGCAACAGCCAACCCCGCCUCCUCCACCGCCUGCAAACCACCCCUACGCAAAUCCAGACAGCAGCUCUUCAAGACCUGACCUGAACAAGCGCAGACCACCUCCGCCCCCACCACCAAUGAAACCUGGCUCCCUCUCUUCCCAGCCAGUCAGCCACUCUCCUUCACCGCCACCAUUACCCCUAAACACCAAACCGCGAUGA